AUGGCUGCCCUGGGCAUCACGGUCGCCCUGCUGGUGUGGACGGCCACCCUGCUGCUCCUCUCCAUCUGGAGACACAUCUACAGCAACUGGCAGCUGCCCCCUGGCCCUUUUCCACUACCCAUCGUUGGGAACAUUUUCCAGUUGGAAAUUAAGAAUAUUCCCAAAUCCUUCACCAGGCUGGCAGAGCGUUUCGGCCCGGUGUUCACCCUGUACCUGGGCUCACGGCGCUUCGUGGUCCUGCACGGCUACGAGGCCGUGAAGGAGGCCCUGCUCGACUACAGGAAUGAGUUUUCUGGCAGAGGAGAAACCCCCGCGUUCCAGGUGCACCAGGACAAAGGGAUUAUCUUCAACAAUGGGCCGACCUGGCAGGACACCCGGCGGUUCUCCCUGACCGCCCUCCGUGACCUCGGGAUGGGGAAAGGGCGCAACGAGCAGCGGAUCCAGGGGGAGGCCCAGCUCCUGCUGGCGGCGCUCCGGAAGACCCGUGGGCAGCCCUUCGACCCCACCUUUGUCAUCGGCUUCGCGCCCUACAACGUCAUCUCCGACAUCCUCUUCCACAGACGCGUUGACUACGAUGACAAGACGGCUCUGAGCAUGCUGAACCUGUUCAAUGAGAACUUCUACCUGCUCAGUACCCCCUGGAUCCAGGAUGCACACGCUCAGAUAAGCUGCCAGAUGUAG